GGGAAGGGCCUCCAUUCUUCUCCCCCAAAUUCUGAAAUCUAGCCGUUACACGAAAUCCCCAUCUCCUCCUCCCCGAGAUCUACGCCCAUAACUUAACUCCAUCCUCAUCUACUACUACCCCCGUUCCGAUUCGCGCAUUCCCGAGAACAAACGACACAUAGAUUUCAGAGGAAAAACAAAUCAGACACAGAGAUUUCCCCUCGGCUGCCCUGUGAUUCCGAUCGCUCUACCACAUGGCGACGGCGGCGGCGAGGUCCCCGUCCCCGGGCCAGGCGAGGCCCUGCUCCGCCAUGAGGAGGAGCGCCGACUCCAGCCCCUUCAAGCCCGCAGAUUGUCCGCACAGGACCGCCUCCAUCUCCAAGGGCGGCGCCGUCUGCGGCUGCCACGCCUCGCCGCGGCGGAGGUCCUUCGGGGAGAAGGAGAACGACCAGCAGCGGGACGCCGCCGCCGCCAGGACCACCCCCAAGCCCGCGCGCGCCUCGGGCCCGAAGAACUUCAUGUCGCCCACCAUCUCCGCCGCGUCCAAGGCCGUCGCGGCGGCCUCCUCCCCCUCGCCGAGGAAGAGGGUGCUCGGGGAGCGCAACGAGGAGGCGCACCUCUUCGCCCCGUUCUCCCCCGCCAACCUCGCGCACAAGCCCAAGGCAACACCACCGCCCGAGCCGGGCUCCGCGCGCCGCCUCCGCCUCUCCUUCGACGGACCUGCGCCUCCCGCGGCCGCCGCCUCGUUCGGUGAAGAGGACGCGGGGAUGGAGAAGGAGAACCACCACCACGCGAUUGCGGCGGCCGAUUCGGUGGACGCGGCGGAGCCGUCCCGCGCCGCGCUGUACGACCCCAAGACCAACUACACCUCGCCGAGGCCCCGGUUCCUGCACUACAGGCCCAACCCCCGCAUCGACAUGUACCGGCACGGCGGCAGCGCCGCCAGGCGGCUCGACGAGGGCUUGGCCUCCUCCGAGAGUAGCGAGGAGUCCCUCGCCACCACCACGGACGAUGACAUCACGGAGGAGGAACAGGAGCAAGCGCAGCAGCAAGUACCGGAGGAGCAAUCAGCUCUGGCAGCUGCUCCAUCUGAGGCGGCUGCAGUUCCUGCCGCCGUGUCCUGCGUCCUCCCACAGGAACCAGCGCCGGGUGCUCCGACGCUUGCAUCGGAGCCUGUGAUGAUGUCCCCACCGGCUCGCGUCUUGGCAUCGGAGCAGCCCAGGGCUUCUCCUCCGCGAACUGCUGUUGUGACAUUGGAGCCUGCGGCGGCCACGUCCCCGCCGGCUCGCGUCCUGGCAACGGAGCCUCGUGCGACCUCUCCGCCAGCUCGUGCGCUGACGCCAGAGCCGGAGCCUGGGGUGAGCUCCGCGCUGACGCCAGAGAAGAAGAAGAAGAGAUCUAUGCUGAGGUUCAUGUUCCCCCUUGCUCUGAUUCUGUUCGUGGCUGCUGCCUUCGCGAGCGUGUCGUUGCCGCCAGAUUCUCCGAUCAUGGCAAACCCCGCCGUGUCGAAGGUGUCGAGCUUUCUUUCAGUUCAAGAAUUGCAUCCUGUGGAGUUGGCUGCUUGGCUCAAGCAAUGGUCGAGCAGUUCGUUGGAUUCGGUCACGUCCUACUGGGAGGAGGCUUUCACUUCUACUACGCAAGAGCAAGAGUAUUUCGGUCCGCACUUUGCUGCCAAUUUCAGUGCUGCAUCUGCAGAUGCGGAUCAUGGUGCUGAUUUCUACUACAACUUUGCUGAAGCGAUGCCAAGUGAUGAUGAACCUAUUGGUGCCAGUGUCUUGGAAGAGCAGUUGAAGAUCCAGGAUGGUGUUUCAGCAAGUGACUUGACUGCACUACUGCCAGAGGGCGAUGUUGUAUUGGAAGAAGAAUCACUUGAUGAUGAUGCAGUUGAAGAAGAGGCUGAUGCAUCAGAAUACUACGAGGUAGUAGAAGAGCUUGGUGUUGAAUUAUCAGAAGAAGCCCCAGGUAGCAAUGGUGCCAGUUUCUUGGAGGAGCAGUUGAACAUCCAGGAUGCUGACUUGAUGAGUGCACAGACAGAGGGUAAUGCUGUAAUGGACGAAGAAUCAAUUGAUGCUGCAGUAGCAGAGGAGCUUGAUCUUGAAAUGUCAGAAGAAGCUCCUGAUAACUAUGGUGAAGAGAUGGCAUCCUUCAGUCAGAAUUCGGACAUCCCCUCUGAACCUACUGGAGAGCCAGAGCAAGAUGUUGAGACUGAUGAGUCCCAGGACGAUCACACUAAUGGCAAGGAGGGUGAGGAGGUGUAUCGUGGUCUGAAGCCGGAUUCGAGUAUGUGGCCAAGCUACAUGGACAAAAUCUCAAAGCCUGCAGCAGGUGUUGCUCUUCUUGUUGUCAUUCUGUCAGCUGGCAUUGCUGUCUUUUCUAUGAGGAAGAAGCAAACACAGGUUGUAUCAACUUCCAGUGCAGCAGUUGAGGAACCUGAGCAGCCUGCCAGUGCACCAGCUCGGGAACCUGAGCAGGCUGAACAUCAAUCUGUUGAGGAUCACCACCUUGUCAAGCCUUCACAGUCUGUUUCAGGGAGCAGCGAGGGCCACGUUGUGAGGCCUUCACAGUUUCAGAGUUCCAUGGUAGAAGAAACUGAAAGAUUUGGCGAUUCUGUUUCUCAGUAUAGCAGCAGUUUGUCUUCUGGCCAAGGCAGGAGGAGGAAGACCAUAGAGGAAGAGAACCUCACUCUUGAGCCAGCAUCCAGGAGAGAAUCGACGGCACAUUCCACAUCAUCCUAUGGUAGUUUCACUACCUUUGAGAAGAUCAAUGCCAAGAAAAAGAAUAAGGAGGACGAGGCGAUGACCCCAGUCCGACGUUCCAGCAGGUUGCGGACUGUUAAAUCACCGGAGGCAUAGGCUUAGUGCUCUAACUACUUUGUAGGGGACGUAACUCGUAGAGGCACUUCAGCUUCCUGCUCCGUUCCACCUUCGUGUUGGACAGAAGUAUACGAUAAAUGACAGCUUUCUGCUGUUAUUUUCUACAAAAUAGGAUUAGGAUUUGUGUUUCCAGUUUGAAAUUGCUUAAAAUUGCAUAAGUGAUUGUAGACUCUUGUGUUGUUCUGUAUUUGAGAUUGAGAUGAACGUUCUUAUGAAUCUAUGUAGUUAUGUUUCCUACUGAAA